GAUCGACAUAAACUGUUUUUUUAAACAGUAUCUUAUCUUCUCUACCCGAAUCUAAUUUUGUUCUCAAUUUAAAACACCGAAAAAGCCCAUAUGCGUGCUUUUAUUUUGAAAGUAACAGACGUCAGUUCCUGCUCCUGUUCUGCUGUUGUCUAAUUUAUUUAACAGCUUUAGGCACUUUGUGAGUAAAAGUAUGUGGACAGCAGGAGAAGAGAUGGGUUUCGUGCUGGGGGUGCUGACCGGCUUGCUGGCUCUCUUCUGUUGUCUGGAUGUGUGGUACUUCCUGCGGGUAGCAGCGGUGCUUGUCCGAGCCUGGUUCCAGCCUCCUGUCUGGGAUGUCACAGCAGAGCAGAUCCUGAGAGGGCGGGUCCUUCUAAACGAUAUCGACAUGUGCCAUAUGAACAAUGCUCGUUACCUCCGGGAGUGUGACUUUGCCCGCUUCUCGUUGUACAUGCGAAAUGGUGUGUUCAAGGCCUUGCGAGCUCUUGGUGCUACCAUGGUGGUGGGUGCUACCACCAUCCGUUACCGCAGGGCUCUUUAUAUAGGUGAGGGUUAUGAGCUGCGGAGUCGGAUUGUCUCUUGGGAUGACAAAGCCUUUUUCCUGGAGCAGAGAUUUGUGUCAAGAAAAGACGGAUUAGUGUGUGCUGUCAUGUACUGCAAGCAGAGCGUCAUACUCAGCAGCCCGGAUAAGAUCAUGCAGCAUCUAUGUAAGAGGAAGGUGGAGUGUCCUGAGUUUCCAGAAGACCUGAAGCACUGGGUCAACUUCAUCUCCUCCAGCAGCCAGGCCCUCAGAGCAGAGAAAGGACUAGAGGUGAAGAAUAAAUGAAGCUGGAUGUUACGCGGGCAGUCCUUAAAAUUGUGUUUUUGGCUCUUUGUCAGCCAUCUGACUGGGGAGACUGUAAUUCAGUGUGUUUUUGAACACAUUUCUGGCAAGUCUUUGGAAAAUACUCAGCAUUGUAAAAUGUAAGUCUCAAGGAUUAUAGUGUUUUAGGGUGUUUGUGUUUGCACCGACUCUGGUUUAGGUCAUGCGACAUAUUUAAAUAAUUCUGACACACUGUCACUCCUCAUUGAGUACUGAAGUACAAGUAAGUAGUUUUCUAGAUGCUCAGGUUUUCACCAUGCACAUGUGUAAGUGGAUGUCGAAAGAGAAUAUGACUGACGGCAAGUUAGCGUCAGGUGGACCACACGGAGGGCCGACAUUCUGCAUGUUUUUGUUCCAAAUCACCUUGACAAAGUACUACUGCUGCCACAAAGUUAAUGGUAUAUUAAAAAUAACAAAACAAAAGAGGGUAUCUUUAAAAUACAUGGAGCAGGUUUCAGUGAAAAUUGGCUCUUUGUUUUGAAAGGCUGAAAAUAAGGACUAUUAGAUUAAAUAGUGCCUGAAAGUUUCUUACAUGCAAUAAACUUUGA